CUCCCCUUAAACCCCUGCACCAUUCAUUUCUCCCUGCCCCGCUCCCGACGCCGAACCCGCGGACUCCGCUUGCGGACUCCGCUUCCUCCCCUUUAUCGCGUCGCCGGCGCCCGGCCCCGCUAUUGCUUCGCUGUGGAGUCCGGUAAAGUUUAUAUUUGUCUCGAUCAAUGCGGCAUUGCAGUUAGCCCCUGCCGUUUUCUUCUCCCGUAGUCCCGUCCCACCGGCCCCCCUCCGCCGCCUCCACACGCCAGGUGUAGCCUCGUCGAUCCCUUCGCCGGCGAAGAGCCCCUACUAGGAUUCAAGAUGGGUCAUCGUAGGAAUUAUUCUGACGACGAAUUUUCAGUUGCUAGCGAGAAGCCAGAAGUAGAAUUCAUGGACUUCCAGAACGGUGACACUUUUCAGGAUUAUUCAUCUGAAGAUACCCCUGUGCUCGUCUCAGCUCCUUUCCCUUUCGAGCAUGGAAAACCAAAAUCUGUACUUGUUGGAGAAACAUCGGCUGAUACUAUUCAGAUUGAGAAUACCUCUCCUGAACCUGUAAAUUUGUGGAGUGUAAGAAUUUUCUCCUCAAAUCCAGAAGACAGCUACGUGUUAUCGAUGAUGAGACCUCCAUCAAAUGGUGCUAGCGAAGAGGAAAAGCAGGCUUUUCUUGCUUUGACAUCGGUGGAAGACCGUACACUUCGGCCUGGACAAACCCUCACAGUUUGGCUGUCUUGUACGCCAAAAGAUAUUGGUUUGCAUACAUCAAUCGUGCAUGUUGAUAUCGGCAAUGAGAAGAUUGAGCGUGUGGCUUUUCUUUUGGCAGAUGACAAUGUCUCCAAGUCAUUAUUUUCUGAUAAGCCUUAUUCUAGGAGACGUGUUCAAGUUAAGAAAUUUGAGCCUUCACCAUUUGUGCCAGGUUGCCGUCCAACUCAGCAGCAUGUUCAAGGAUACAAACAUAAGCUUCCUCAGUAUGCAAUACCUGCACAUAUCCGUGAGCUCAUUGAAAGUAAACAGACACCUGAUGUCCUAUAUGAUGAGUUGAGCAUGAUAAACUAUGCAGAAUAUUUCAGCACUCUUAUAGUCAUGGAAGAACUCAAUUUGGAGGAGGAAAUGAGAGCAUAUGACAUGGAGGGUGUCUUAAUGAGAAGGAGGGGUAUGCACUUUUUGUCUCUUGAAGUCCCUGGUUUGGCAGAAAGAAGGCCAUCACUAGUCCAAGGAGACUUCAUAUUCGCUAGAUAUGCUGGGAAUGAUUCUCAGCCUUACCAAGGUUUCAUUCACAAGGUUGAAGCUGAUGAGAUAUUUUUAAAAUUUGAUCAUCAGUUCCACAUGAAUCACAGAGAAAGAAACCAGUACCAUGUUAGCUUCACAUAUAACAGAGUGAACAUGAGAAGGCUUUACAAAUCAAUUGAUGAUGCAAAAUAUUUGGGACCUGGCAUCUUGUUUCCCCACAAAUCACCUUAUAGAGUUUUGAAAAGGUUGCCAUUUAAGCCUCUCGAUCCAUAUAUAAAUACUGAGCAAGCUGAUGCUGUUGCGAGCAUACUUGCCUGCAGAGGAGUUCCACCAUAUGUGAUAUAUGGACCUCCAGGAACUGGCAAGACCAUGACCAUUGUAGAGGCUGUUUUGCAGCUUUAUACGGGCAAGAAGAGGGCAAAUAUUCUCAUUUGUGCUGCUUCCAAUACUGCAGCUGAUCAUGUAUUGGAAAAGCUCCUUCAAGGCAGCCAUCCGAUCCGUCCAAGAGAUAUCUUUAGGCUAAAUGCUCCAAGCCGUCAAUACGAGGAUGUCAAUACCGAUUUUAUCAAGUUUUGCUUCUUCCAAGAUCUGGUGUUCAAGUGCCCUCCGUUACAAGCACUGGUGCAGUACAAGAUAAUUAUAUCGACCUAUACAAGUUCAUAUCUGCUGCAGGCUGAGGGCAUUCGCCAAGGGCAUUUCACACACAUUUUCUUGGAUGAGGCUGGUCAAGCCUCUGAACCAGAGGCGAUGGUUCCUUUGUCGGGGUUGUGUGGAAGAGACACUGUGGUUGUGUUAGCAGGAGAUCCAAAGCAAUUAGGGCCGGUGGUUUAUUGCAGGGAAGCGGAGAGAUGUGGUCUGGGGACAUCAUAUCUGGAAAGGCUGCUAACUGGCUUCGAGCAGUACCAAACAGGGAAUGCUAACUAUGUGACAAAGCUGGUGAGGAAUUAUCGGUGCCAUCCUGCAAUCCUAGAGCUACCAUCAGAGCUUUUCUACGAGGGUGAAUUGAUUGCCUGUAAAGAAGGAGAAUCAUCUGCUUACGACUGCAUCGGCCUUCCUAACAAGUCGUUCCCUGUUCUCUUCGUCGGGAUUCAAGGAUGCGACGAGAGGGAAGGCAACAAUCCAUCAUGGUUCAACAGGAUUGAAGUUAGUAAAGUAGUAUCUAUCAUCAGGAACCUGACAAGGGGUGAGGAUGUUCAUGAAUCUGAUAUAGGAGUGAUCACUCCAUAUCGUCAGCAAGUUGCCAAGAUAAAGAAAGCCCUGGAGGCAUUUGAAAUGCCCAGCUUCAAAGUCGGAAGCGUCGAGCAAUUCCAGGGCCAAGAGAGGGAGGUGAUAAUCAUCUCCACAGUCAGGUCGACCGUAAAGCACAACGAGUUUGACAAAUUUUUUAACCUGGGAUUCUUGAGCAACCAUAGAAGGUUCAACGUUGCCAUCACUCGCGCAAAAUCGCUGCUCGUCAUCAUCGGAAACCCUUACAUUAUCACCAAGGACCGUCACUGGGAUAGGCUCCUGCGGUACUGCGCUGACAACGGCUCCUAUCAAGGAUGCCCCCUUCCACCACCAGAGUCUCCUUAUUCAGACGACGCCAGAUUCUUUUCCAAGUACGACGAAGACCAAGGUGGACCUUCUGGGCAGGACUACAGCCAAGAGCCUGCCUACUGCAACUACAACCAAGAGCCUGCCUACUGCAACUACGACGACCAAGAGCCUUCUGACUUCGGUUCGGGGCAUGACACUGGUGUUGCUCAACCUGAACCUGCUUCGGAGAAUCAAGAGUCAUGGUCCGAGGAGUUGCCUGAAGACGAGAGCCAGCCAUUCAGCAACCCCCAAGCAGAUGUUGAGGAGACGCCGAAGCAGGACGGCGAGGAAGGGGCUGCAGCUGCACAGGGAGACGCGCAGGCCGACCAGUCGUUGACCAACGACGACAGUCAGCUCCAGGACGCAGGCGCGGGGAAGUACACCUUCCCUCCCGGUUGGUGCGACGUUUCGAGCAUCCCGGCAACGGGCUGGGGCGACUGAUCAGACCCGCAACCGCAACCGCCCCUGGCAGGGGGGUACGUUGGGAGAAUAACUGAGGCUGAUGGCCUUUCACCCUCCUUCCAUCAAGCCUCCACUCAGCUCACUGCUGAACAGUUGUUGUAGCGAGUGAGCUGCGUCCGUGUGUUUAGGCCACGUGUGCCAGGUGCUGGCAACGUGCAAUAUGGUGGGUUAGCUCGCGUGCCAUUGAGCGUGUGCUAAUGGUUUUUAAAUGCUUAGGCCUUUUUCGGUUACAAGGGAUAAAAUUCUACCAUGGAUUUAAUCCGACCAGAAUUAAGUAAAUUCAUACCUCACAUCCAAUCACAUGGUGGGAUUAAAUCCAUUAAUUAAUCCAUGUAUAUCUCAAAGAUAGUUAUUCUUUUAAUCCAUGGAUUUUAAUAUAAACUUGUGCAAUAUUGUC